GUCUGAUAAUACCACAUAUCCUGCCACCAACCAUUAUUACUGUGCACUAUAACUAUUUAAAAUGACAUAAAACAACAUGACUGUCAUGGCAGCCUGAAGUGAUUAUUUUUCAAAAUAGUACAGCUCCUUAACAGGUCUAACAAUUGCAUAACUAGUUUAUGAACUGAAUAAUUAUUUAAAUAUGUAGACAUUUGGGGAACCUUGAUACACAGUCAAGUUAGUUCAGACAGUAUGACCGGAAAAGAUAGAUGUGUGGCAGAAGAGGUGGGACAGUGAGCCCAAGGGACGGCAUUUAUCCUCACUAGGGUAGGGGGCACUAUUUUCACCUCUGGAUGAAAGGUGUGCCCAAAGUAAACUGCCUGUUUCUCAGGCCCAGAAGCUAGGAUAUGCAUAUAAUUGGUAGAUUUGGAUAGAAAACUAAAGUUUAAAAUAAAGAAAUCUAAAGUUUAAAAUAAUGUCUGUGAGUAUAACAGAACUGAUAUGGCAGACCAAAACUCGGGAUAAAUCUAUCCAGGAAGUGGGAUUUAUUUAUGUUUGUAGUUUUAUAUUGAAUGCCUAUACAGUACCCCAUGACUUAGGACUCAAAUUGCACUUCCUAUGGCUUCCACUAGAUGUCAACAGUCUUUAGAAAUUGUUUCAGGCUUGUAAUUCUGAAAAAUGAGGGAGUAAGACCACUGGGAAGUCGCCAGACCUGUUUCCUGAGCAUGACCGAGAGUGCGCCUUUAUAUUGACGACGCUAUUGUCCGGUUGAAGUAAUAUCGAUUAUUUAGGCUGAAAACAACCUGACGAUUGAUUAUAAAAAUCAUUUGACAUGUUUCUACAAACUUUACGGAUACUAUUUGGAUUUUUCGUCUGCCUGUUGUAACUGUCUUUGAGCCAUUGGAUUACUGAACAUAACGCGCCAACAAAACUGAGGGACUUUAUCGAUCAUCAAAGGUAAAUUAUACAUUUUAUUACUAUUUCUGACUUUUGUGACUAAUCUACUUGGCUGGUAUGUAAUGUUUUGUGUGCUGGGCGCUGUCCUCAGAUAAUCGCCUGGUAUGCUUUCGCCGUAAAGCCUUUUUGAAAUCUGACACAGCGGCUGGAUUAACAAGAAGUUAAGAUUUAUUUUGAUGUAUAACAAAUAUAUUUUGAAGAAUGUAAAAUAUUUGAAUUGAGUGUUUUUGAAUUUCGCUCCCUGCAAUUUCACUGGAUGUUGGCCAGGUGGGACACUACCGUCCCAGGUACCCAUAAGAAGUUAUAUGCUCUCCAAAUAAAGGUCGGUGGACAAAGAUUCAAAGGUCAGAUUAAAGGAAGAGGUGGUGUUUACUCAGUUGCACCUAGGAGAUUGUACAUUGAACUCAUCAUUACAUCUGGUUGGAAAGCUUGUCAAUGGUGCGUGUAUGCCUUGAGUGUAUGGUUGAUGAAACAGUGUAGCAUGUGUUGAUGUAUUGAUAUAUUGUAAGUACUGAUAUGUGGAAGAGAGAGAAAGAUCGAUGUGUGCAGUGGUUUGUCCUUUAAAAGUUGUAGCGCACUCCAGCACAGCUUGCGUGGUGCCGCAUAAUUCUAUGGCACAUUAUUUAAGUGCCAACGACUGGUACUAUUAAUGCUCGUUAGUGCUAGUUUGACAACCAGAGGGCAUCUUUGAGAAUCAUUUGACAGCCUUUAAUAGUGGCUGUAAGAGAUUUAAAAAAUUUGUACGAACAUAGUAUAUGGGACUGAUUUUAAGAAAUGUUGCUUAAUUAAUUAGAUUAAUAUUAUGGUGUUUCUACUCCAAGAAAAAUUAGUUGGGUUUCCGUUAGGAUUGAAUGGAAAAUAUGGUGCUGUACAACUUGAAGGUCAGGAGUGGGCUACAGUGCUGGACUAUUUAGCUAAAUAAUCCCCAUGUCAUGUGGGCAUGCGGGAGACUGGGGUUCAAUACCCUGCUGGGGAGGAAGGAGUAGGCUGUCCUUGUAAUUAUGAAUUUGUUCUUAACUGAUUCCAUAUGUUUUAUUUCAUAGUUGAGAUGUAUUCACUAUUAUUCCACAAUGUAGAAAAUAGUAAAAAUAAAGAAAAACCCUGGAAUGAGUAGGUGUGUCCAAACGUUUGAGGCCAUCAAGAUGUUUUGGCUAGAGAAAUUGACGAUACUACAAUGCAACAAAUACAUUUAUCAUCUCUGCAAGAUUUUCCCGUUGUCGUGGAGCUUGGUGGAAGUGCAACUAAAAUGUAGUUUAAAUAACCAUCUAGAUUUUGAUGGUCUUUUUUUCUAGUGAUUUUAUUAAUGAAGGCAUCUAGAUGUUUAUGAAGAAAUUCUUGUACCUCUAUUUUGAGUUUGAAAUGUAACACUUCAGAGUACUUUAGCAUCGAAUACAUUGCAGGUAGGGGAAUGUUCACACCUACAAUUGCCGGGCUAUAAAGAGUCUAUUGUCCUGAUAAUCGGGCAACAAGUGUUUGAAAAGCUUUUUUCAAAAUGCCACAAGCUGUCCAUCACUACUAUAAAUAAAAACACAGCAUCUUAUUUAUAUCGCAUUUACAUUCUUUACCACAAUGUCACAAAUAAUUUGUAUCUACCUUUCCAAUUACUUUUAGAGUUUGGGUUUAAUUUGAUUAAUUGGUAUUGGUGUUUAUAUUCCAAGAAAAACAAAAAUCCCUCUGUGUUUCCAUUAGGAUGGAACUAAAAAUAUGGCGCUGUACAACAUGAUGAUCGGAAGUAGGCAACACAGUACUGGGCUAUUUAGCGAAAGAAUCCCUGUAUCAUCAGCAGGCAAUGCGGGAGACCUUGGUUCCUUGUAGGCUUCUUAACGAACUUACCUAGUUAAAUAAAGGUUACACUAAGAGCAUAACAUUUCUACACCAUCAUUUUUAGUCUAACCAAUAUCCAAACAGAGAUUCAGUCAAAAUAAAAAUCUCAUUGAUUUAUCAAGACCAGUCCCCAUACUUGUCUCAGAGCAGCAGGAAACAGUGCUAAAAUAUUUGUAGGCUAAAGCUUCAAAUCCUAUUGCUUCUAACUUCAAUAUGCUCUUUAAAUAAAUAAGACCUACACCACUUUUAACAGCACAUUUACUUUGUAAGUCGCUCUGGAUAAGAGCGUCUGCUAAAUGACUUAAAUGUAAAUGUAAAUGUAGUGAGUCUCAUGUGGCCUACGGUAGGCCUACAGUAUAUCAAACAAUAUGACGUGACUCUCCACCAAUAAUUACUGUACAUAUAGAGGAUUGGAGGAUUCUAAAUAAAAUAUAAAAGCUGCCUCUUGGGUCUCCCGGUGGCUGCCAGCACGGGUAACUGUAGCAACGCAUUUAGCAUUGCAUUGCAAUGUGGUGACUUAAACAGCUGCGCAACUGGGUAGGCCCCAUCCACAAAGUAUCAAAAUACAGACGGGCUAUUAUAAUACUGUACAUGGUGUCCAAGUCAUGAUUACCAAAACAUCUAUUUAUUAAAGAUAUCAGAAAGAAUGUUGGUACUUGAGCCAAAGCCAUGAAUGAGGUAGUCCCUCAGCUUUAUGUAAAAAAAAUGUUUUUACGAAAGUUAAUGUAAUCUGAAUAAAGGCCAAAAUAAUAUUGGUAUAGGCCAAAACAUUUAUUUCUGUUUUUAGAGGGAGAGAAACACUGGGCCAAUUGUAUGUCGCCUAUGGGACUCCCAAUCAUGGUCGGAUGUAAUACAUAAUAAUAAUAAUAAUGAUAAUACUUGACUGAGAAAUACAUUUGACAAUAUAAUUCUCCACCUACCCUCCAUCUAGGCAAGUCUAUUGUCCAGCUACCUGCUAGAACAGUGGGAACAUUUCCCUAGUCAGCGCCAUCAUUAGUGGAAUGCCCCUUAAAGUGUUGCUCUGUGCUACCCAGUGUGGCCGGGUGGGGGUCCAAGUUUGCUGGGUCUGUCAUGGCCAGUUCGUACUAUAAAGACACAAGGCGAGACCCAGAUGCAGACACAGGAGGCAGAUGGUUAGAGUUUUACAAUAUUUAUUAAUCCAAUAGGGCAAGGCAAGAGAAUGGUCGUGGACAGGCAAAAGGGUCAAAACCAGGUCAGAGUCCCAAAAAGUACCGAAGGGAAGGCAGAAUCAAGGUCAGACCAGGCAGGAUGAUCAGGCAGGCGGGAAAGAAGUCCAGAGUCGGGCAGGGGUCAAAACCGGGAGGACUAUCAAAAAGAGAAUAGCAAAAGGAACCCAGGAAAAACACUCUGGUUGACUUGACUAACAUACACAGAGAGACAGGAAACACAGGGAUAAAUACACUGGUGAAAACAUGCGACACCUGGAGGGGGUGGAGACAAUAACGAGGACAGGUGAAACUGAUCAGGGUGUGACAAGCGUAGAGAAUUAUGUCAAGAUUCGAAAAUUACUGCACACUCACAAAUACGCCACGUCCCCACAUGGAUGACUUUUCUCCUUCUCACACCAAAAUCCAUUUGCUCUCACAACUGCUUACUAUACUUUUAUAACAAGGGGGAAAUUCUAGCCAAUGAACAUAGCCUGUAGUAGUCUACUGAAACUCAAUUGGUCAGGUUUUUAGACCAAACACUGUUUGACAGCUCUCUAACCGGAUUUUUGCCCAUAGAGAUGAAAGGGAACGGGGAAAGGUGAGUGAUCACUGACAAUAAUAAAGAGGUAAGUUCAACAGUUUUUCAGUAGAGAAACUAGAUAACCAACUAGCUAGAUAAUCAACUAUGAUUUCAAUAUUGAAAUUAUAGUAAGUAGUUAUUCUGUUAUUAAAGCAAGCUAUUGAUAUGGAAAGGAACAUCAAUUAGGUAGGAUGCUAACUAGCUAACUUUAGUUAGCUAACUAACAUUAGAGAAAAUUAAUUAGCUAGCUAAUGUUACACCUUGUGGUUUAAGCAAACCCGAGGUGGUUUCAUUUUCUAAGAGUGUUGUACCUAAGUUGAGAGGGGAUUUUAUUAGAGGAGGAGGACUUGGAAGACCAGCAUGAAUGGGUGGCAGACGAGGGGGGCAAGGUUGAGAUCAGACAGGGAAGACCCCUAUUGGGGAAGAGGUCAGUGAUUUGAAGUGGAGGGGGUGCCAAGAGAGGUCAGGCUCUGAACCAAAUAAUAGCCAGUAUAGUAAACUGCUUACAGCAUACAUUGAGGUACAAUCUGAUUGACAGCAUGGCCAAUGUCUUCAAACCUUCCAACUUGUUGUGUAAUGUUUAUGGCCGAUGAGCACCGAUAAGUUUUAUCUAUAAUCUCUUAAUAUGACAAGGGUUUAAAAGAAUUUGCCAGUAGAUUGCCGACUUCAUGCAUGAUGACAAUUGCUUGUCUAGCUUGCUAGCUAAGAUUUUGAAAGUAAAAUGUUGACAUGAUCAGUCCAAUCAAAGCGACGGUAGAUAUUUUAUCUAUGGCCAAUGAUGGGUACUUCUAAUAUAAGUCUAUGGCAUGAAUUUUCAAGCUCUACCCAUAGAUUUAGCGGUGAUGUAGUGUCCCCAUGAGUGACAGAACACUGAGCCAACUAGAGAAUAUUACCAACCCCUACAUUCCGUAUUUUAUGUUUGUAUGUGGCUUUAACUAAAUGAUAAUUUUUUUAAUAUAUAUUUUUUACGUUUUUUGCAAACUGAUAUGUGACAUGUAUUAAUGCCAAAAUAACAUGCAAAACAGGUGGGGCUCAACUUGGGAGGCUCUGCCCCACCUGCCCUGAAUGACGCAUUGCCACUGCUAUUAUAUGAUGGUGAAGUUCUCUGCUCAGCUGACAGAAACAGGAGAUACAGGAGUCCAUUCUGUUCCAAGUAGGGUACCUUGGCUCUCCUCUAUGUACAGCACUCUGGGGACUUUCUGCAGUUGUUCUCAGGAGAACAGCGAGGCAGAGGACACCAAGUUUGGACCAAUUAUGCUAACGUCCCGCUUUAAGAACCUGGAGAUCUUCACUGGUUCUGAGGGAGGUGACUUGGCCACAAACUGUACCUGGGACACCUUCCAUCGCUACCACUGUCUGAAAAACUGCCGCAGGGUGUUCAAGACAUCUGCUGCAACUUCAUCUUUAGUGUGUCAGCUCUGCUGCACCUGGGAGCUACAGAUGUUUCUGGCAUGCUGAUAACAUCUGAUCUGAUGAUAUGCGAUUUGACUUCUGUAUUACUGACUGUAUGCAAUAAAACUGUCAAUGCCAAAUCAAAAUAAUUUGGGAUUCUGUAAUUGACAAUCGUAGUUCCCAAUCAGACAAUCACUAUAAAACAAAUGUUUUCCUCAGUGAAAUGUAUGGUGAAUGUGUUGUUUUGUCCUCAGUCCUCCUUUGGAUGCUGUUUCAGUUCUAAACGACCAUCAUUGAGUCUAUCCUCACCACCUCUAUCACUGCAAUGGAUUGUCCAGUCUGCUGAGAGGUUCAUUGGGUGCCACCUGCCCUCCAUCGAUGUCCUGCACGACUCCAGGGCAAGGAAGCGCGCAGGAAAAAUCAUCGCCGACCCCUUUCGCCCCCUCUUCCAAAGACUCUCUUCUGGCAAACGGUUCAGGUCAAUCAUGACCAAAACCUCCCACCACCUGAACAGUUUCUUCCGUGGCCCUGACCAACCGGCCACCUGGUCUGCGAUAAUCCUGUCAUCCAUGGAUUUUGCACUAUUCAUCCAUAAACUAUGCGCCCUGCAUGAUCAUCUCAGUACUGCACAUUUUAUAAUGUAGCUUAAAGUGUUCAUUGUGUACUUACUGUAUGUGGAUCUGUGGACAAUCUGCAUCUAUAUAUUUUUAAUUCUGUAUAUUCUGUUUAUCGUCUGUCUGUAUAUUAUGUUUAUUGUUGCAGCACCAUUUUAUAGAGUUCUGUACAUGCACAUAUAUUUGCAGAAUAAAGCUGAUUCUGACAUGUUAACCUA